GCGACUUAAUGGGCUGGUCCAGCGCGGAAAAAGACAGCAAGCAAUAUGACUAAAAAGAAGCGGGAGAAUCUUGGUGUCGCUCAGGAGAUUGACGGGCUAGAGGAAAAGCUGUCCCAGUGUCGGAAGGACCUGGAGGCCGUGACCUCCCAGCUUUACAGGGCAGAGCUCAGUCCUGAGGACAGGAGGUCUCUGGAGAAGGAGAAAAACACCCUCAUGAACAAAGCCUCCAAGUAUGAGAAGGAGUUAAAGCUGCUUCGGCAUGAGAACCGGAAGAACACGCUCCUCUCCGUGGCCAUCUUCACUGUCUUCGCCCUGCUCUAUGCUUACUGGACUAUGAGGAAGGGAGACGUGCAGCUGGGAGUGCAAGCACUGUGCCUGCCACCUGCAGCUCCAGCCUGCCCUGGCCUGUGAUUACCACCACUGAAGAAAAUGCAGCAUGCACAGCAAAGGUGGCUUGGGCUUGACGUGGAGGUUCCGGGGGUGUGCGGAAUGAUCUCCUUUCCCAGAGACAGACAGGGCCAGGGAGGCCUGCAGGUGCCCAUGGCCAGCAAGAGCUAUGGCAGUGACCAGACUGACAUGGUGACAAGAGCCAGUGAGUAGAGUGAGUAGGGUGGGAGUGAGGAGGAGGCGGUCAGUCAGGAGCAGCUCCCUAGGAUUCUCCCCUAGCUCCACUCACAGUAGAGGGCCCUAAGGGAGAAAGAAUGUUCACUGCUUCAUUCAGGAGCCCGCCAAGUAAAACCAGGCUGUGAAACAUGAAGACAGAAUGGGCUGGAGGCAACCCACCAACAUAUGUGACGUUCAGGUGAAGGAAUUCUCACCUGGGGCUUGUGCAGAAUGUGGCCUCUUGUGGAGGCGGCUGGCCAGAGUCAGCAGAAGAUCCUGUCUCCUGUCUUGUCUAGUGACAGUAAUUGGUCUGAAGCCUCUGCUAUGUUAGUCACACAGACUGACCCUGGACUGCUACAGUGCUGCCGUGCAGUGAGGUAUGGGGGGAGCUUAUUCACCCCCAAGUUCUGCUUUAUUCAGGAACCGCACUUGGAUAAGCCUUGGGCUCCUUGUCUAGCAGACAGCAGUCUCAGGAG